AUGCUCAAGCUCAUACUCUUUGCCCUGGCUGUGGCGCAUACCGCCACAAUCGCUCUCGCCAAGAUCUCUGGGGUCUAUGUGCCAAUCACUGCAAAGCUCGGACAGAACAUCACCGUCAAACUCCACACUAUCGGUUCGCCAGUGACCUAUGAUGACUUUGCGGCGAUCUUCGGUCUUGCUGGAAGCUCGGCAAGCGUCUGUUCCACUUGUGUAGGAACCAGGAUUGGCUAUGUCACUCUCCUGCGAGUUUAUCCUCAUCAUCGCGGAACCACGGUCUGA